AUGGCUUCGAAGCGCAACUACGCGGCGUCCGAUGGUAACGACGUCGCCGAGCCGGCGCCGAAGCGCAACAAGAAGCCCAACCCCAAGACGCGCGACCACCAGAACGCCCACAUCGACCCGACAUGGGGCCAGAAAUACGUCUUCUCGUCAGCCGCGGGCUCAACGACGGUUCCCGUGGACCCGGACCUUGAUUUUGAGGACGAUGCAGAUGCCAUGGCGUAUCUCAAGUCAGUAAGGACGCAAGCAAACGGCAUCCCCCACCUUCUCGUCGCACCAAAGGUCUCGAUCGGCCCGCAACUACCAAAGGAGCUCCAGGACGACGGCUGCGAUGACGUAGAAGAAGGCGAGAACGUUGAAGAGGACCGGGACAUUUACACCACAGGCCAGGGGGAUUUCAGAGGCUACUACCAAGACGGCGCAUACACCGCCCGACCUGAUAACUGGGACGACCGGCGUGCCCCUGGGGACCACGAAGCAGAAGACGGCGGAUGGCAAGGUAACGAAGGCGUCUACGACGACGACGAAAACACAGACCCCGAAGCGGCGAUCCACGAGGCCUACUUCGCCGCGAUCCUUUCCCGCUUCAACGCACUCCGCAGAACCCUCCACACCACGCCACCACCAGACGUCGUCGCUGCCCUCCCGCGCACGCACGGCUACCACGUUGGCGCCUUCGGUCCAAAAUCGGGCACGUUCUCCAUCUGGUCGCAGCGGCUCCGCUCCACGGACCCUCUGCCGGCGCAGAUCGCGAGCAUGGACAAGGACGGCGUGCUGCGCGUCGUGCGCGUGCUCCUGGGCGGAAAGUUCCUCCGCAGGGGCUGCGAGCUGAGGGAGCGCACGAGUCGGUGGCUGUGGGCGCUGCUGGCGCGGCUGCCGGAACGAGGCGCGUUGAAUCACGCCGAGAUCGGGUGGGUGCGCGAUCUGGGGCGGAGGGCGGUGUUGAUGAUGCAGAGCCUGGCGGACAUGGCGGCACUGAGAGACGCGUUGGAAGGGGAGGGGAUGGAUCUGGGCGUGCACGAUGCUGUUGAUGAGAGCUCGGAUGACGAAGAUAUGUUGAGGGAGAUGGAGGUUGAGGAGAGGGACGGGGAGGAGGUGAGCGGGAAGACGGGGGAGACGCCGAGUGCUGGGUCCGAGGUUCUGACCGAGACGGCAAAGCCCGAGGAGCGUGAUUUCACACCGCAUAAACCCACUGACGACGGUGGAGUUGAGGACGGAGAGGUUGACGACGACCAAAAGUCGGAGCCGAUGGACGUCUCUGAAGAUGGCGAGAUAGACGAGGGCGAGGUUGCAGAGGAACCUGUGCCGGGCGAGACGCUUGAAGAGGCGCGAGCUCGUCUCCUCGCCCAGCUGGAUACGGCCGCUGAAGAUGCACCGUCCGAGGCUCCAUCCGAGGAACCCAUCGCAGAGGUCGAGUACGAGGAGAUGGCCGACCAGCUGCGCGCCAGGAUGAACAUGCGGGCCACGCUCAACAUGAUCCUGACAGUCGCCGGUGAGUUCUACGGACAGCGCGACCUGCUUGAGUUCCGGAACCCUUUCACAGGUAUGUAA